AUCCUAUGGCAGGGACUUACUUCCAGAUGUCAGUCUCUGGAAAGAAGGAAUUUGAUGUGAAACAGAUCUUGAGGCUUCGCUGGAGGUGGUUCAGCCAUCCCUCGCAGAGUUCCACUGGCACCGGAGGUUGCAUCCAGCAGGAAGGAUAUGAGCAUAGAGGGACGCCCGUUCAGGGCAGGCUGAAAAGCCACUCACGGGACAGAAAUGGGCUGAAGAAAAACAAUAGCCCCAUCCAUCACAACAUCUUGGCGCCAGUGCCUGGACCGACCCCGGUGUCCCACCGUCCCAUCCAGACCUGGCAAGAAGACUUCAUCGAGCAUCUUCAGGUGUCAGAGGAGAUGCCAAAACCUGGUACCAAGGAGAACUGUGAUAAAGAAGAGACCAACAAAAAUACACAUGAACCACAAAUAACCACAGAAGAGAACAGCGAGGAGGCAGUUGAGAGGCUAUCAAUAAGCAGCUGCUGCCCUCCUACAGAAGUGAAUAACAAUGGAUCUGAUGAAUAUUUCCAUUCUGCAAAUCAUGCAGAGCAAACGUUCCGCAAGAUGGAGAAUUAUCUUCAGCAGAAACAACUCUGUGAUGUUCUCCUCAUUGCUGGAGACCACAAGAUUCCUGCUCACAGGUUAGUUUUGAGUGCUGCCUCUGACUAUUUUGCUGCAAUGUUUACCAAUGAUGUCCGUGAGGCAAAACAAGAAGAAAUAAAAAUGGAAGGUGUGGAUCCUGAUGCACUGAAAGACCUUGUGCGUUAUGCCUACACAGGUAUCUUAGAACUGAAAGAAGAUACCAUUGAAAGCUUACUGGCUGCAGCUUGUCUCCUCCAGCUUUCACAAGUCAUUGAAGUUUGCUGCAACUUUCUCAUGAAGCAGCUUCACCCUUCCAACUGCUUAGGGAUCCGAUCCUUUGGAGAUGCUCAGGGAUGCACAGACCUCUUGCACGUGGCACAUGUGUACACCAUGGAACACUUCACGGAAGUGAUUAAAAAUCAGGAAUUUCUCUUGCUGCCAGCCAGUGAAAUUGCCAAACUCUUGUCCAGUGAUGACAUCAAUGUCCCAGAUGAAGAGUCCAUAUUCAAGGCGUUAAUGCUGUGGGUUCGGCAUGACUUGCAGAACAGACAGCGGGAGCUUGGAAUGCUGCUGUCCUACAUAAGGCUGCCCCUUCUCUCUCCACAGCUCUUGGCAGAUCUGGAAAACAGCCCUAUGUUUACCAAUGAUCUUGAGUGCCAGAAGCUUCUCAUGGAAGCGAUGAAGUAUCAUCUCUUACCAGAAAGGAGGUCUAUGAUGCAAAGCCCACGUACUAAACCUAGGAAGUCAACCGUUGGCUCUCUUUAUGCUGUGGGAGGCAUGGAUGCCACCAAAGGCACGACAACUAUUGAGAAAUAUGAUUUGAGGACAAACAGCUGGAUACAAAUUGGAACCAUGAAUGGGAGGCGGCUGCAGUUUGGAGUUGCUGUGAUUGACAACAAGCUCUACAUUGUGGGAGGAAGAGAUGGCUUGAAAACAUCCAAUACGGUUGAAUGUUUCAAUCCAGUAACCAAAGCCUGGACUGUGAUGCCCCCAAUGUCAACCCACAGGCAUGGAUUAGGUGUCGCAAUGCUUGAAGGACCAAUGUAUGCUGUUGGUGGCCAUGAUGGCUGGAGUUAUCUCAACACGGUUGAAAGAUGGGAUCCCCAGGCUCGACAAUGGAAUUAUGUGGCAAGCAUGGCAACUCCCAGGAGCACUGUGGGUGUUGCAGCACUAAACAGCAAGUUGUAUGCUGUUGGUGGUCGAGAUGGCAGCUCUUGCCUGAAAUCCAUGGAGUGUUUUGACCCUCACACAAACAAAUGGAGCAUGUGUGCUCCAAUGUCAAAGCGACGUGGAGGUGUUGGCGUUGCAACCUACAAUGGGUUUCUGUAUGCUGUGGGAGGCCAUGAUGCACCUGCUUCUAAUCACUGUUCUCGUCUUUCUGAUUGUGUGGAAAGGUAUGAUCCAAAAACAGACACCUGGACUACUGUAGCACCACUGAGUGUUCCACGUGAUGCUGUGGGAAUCUGUCCUCUUGGAGACAGGCUAUAUGCAGUCGGCGGCUAUGAUGGACACACUUACCUGGACACGGUGGAAUCUUAUGAUGCCCAAAACAAUGAAUGGACAGAGGAAGUUCCAGUCAACAUAGGAAGAGCCGGCACCUGUGUUGUAGUUGUAAAGCUGCCAUGACAGACCUUUUCAGGUGUGAAAUAAUACAUGAGCACAGCUCCACAAAAGCAGCAUGGCAUAAGCGAAGGAAAUGUAUCCUUGAAAGCCAUUCACAUUGGUUUCGUUAAGUACAGAGAAGUCAAAAAGAUGAACCAGAGUGGAGUGUAAGCAUGAAAACAGCAUUUUUUUCCUGCAUUCCAAAGACAAUCUCAACAGAUGUUCAGUCAUCAUGGUGACAUUAACCUCCAUUCAAAGGGAAGAGCUGGGUACACACUAUGCUUUGAAGGGAAAAAAAAAGAAAGCAAGCGAACAAAAUUGUCAACUGAGUGUCAGCCCAAUUCUCUGUCAAGAACAGUCAGUAAUACAACUUGGAAUGAACUCUGUAUGUUUGCCUUUAAUUGCUUAUCUUGUAUAGUAAUGCUCAGUAUUGAAAAGAAAGGUGCAAUUGGCUCAGAAAAGUUGGGGGGGGGGUACUUACAAAAAUCUAUGAAAAACUACCAUGUUUGGAGGACUCCAGGAGUUGGAAAAUCCAUUCUGGACAUUUUUAAAGUACUGUAUAGGGUAGGCACUGUGUGUAUGCGUGUAUGUGUGUGUGUGUGGGUGGGGGGAGAUUUGGGACUUCAGAACAUCCUUGAGGGUCUGUAUGUGGCUCUUGGUUGCAUUUUGACCACUGUGACUUAUGGGCCUCAGACUAUCAGAUGUCUCCAUAUUUCCAAUCCCCAAUAAUACAGCUUUGUGGAGUAAUGCCAAUCAGCCUCUUAAAAUUAGGCCCUCAGCUGAUCUAGAUCUGGCCUUGGCUGGGAAAAACACCUGGCAAAGGCUCCCUGUGGAUGCCUCUCCUCAUUCCAACUGUCAAAUAAAUGCAGAGUCUAAUUUA